CCCAGCAAUGCCACCCGCACGUUCUGCCCACCUGUGCCCAGCAGUGCGCCCCACUAGCUCCGCCCACCUGUGCCCAGCAGAUCACCCACCUGUGCCCAGCAGUGACCCACCUGUGCCACUCUGCAGUGUCACACACCUGUGCCCACCAGUGCCACCCACCUGUGCCCACCCACCAGUGCUGCCCACCAGUGCCACCCACCAGUGCAGCCCAGCAGUGCUGCCAGUCAGUGCCACCACAGUGAUGCCAGUCAGUCCGUCUAUCAGUACCCAUCAUCAGUGUCACCUAUCAGUGCCGCCUAUCCGUGACACCUCAUUAGUGCUGUCUAUCAGUGCCGCCUAUCUGUGA